AUGUCUUUGAAACAGGAAAUUGAAACGUGGGUUAACGCCCUGGACUGCUAUGAUCAUCAAGAAUUCGAAGAAGCCAUCCGGCUCUUCAACGAAAUUGCAGACACAUCUAAGAUUCUGUUUAACCUUGGUGUGAUUCAUGCGACUUUAGGAGAGCAUGAGAAAGCCGUUGAUUGUUAUCAACGAUCAGUUGGGCUGGAUCGGUAUCUUGCCAUCGCCUAUUUUCAACAAGGCGUAUCGAAUUUCUUACUCGGUGAUUUCGAAGAAGCCUUGGCGAAUUUCAACGACACAUUACUCUACCUUCGAGGGAACACGUCCAUCGAUUAUGAACAACUAGGCCUUAGGUUUCGUUUGUAUUCAUGUGAGGUGUUGUUUAAUCGUGGUCUAUGCUAUAUCUAUCUUCAACAAAUCGAACCUGGUAUGAAAGACAUGCAGUUUGCUGCCAGGGAGAAAGUCACGGAAGAUCACGAUGUCAUCGAGGAUGCCAUACGUGAAAAUGCAGAUGGUUACACGGUUUUUUCAAUUCCUGUAGGAACUAUCUACCGUCCGAAUGCUGCUAAAGUCAAAAAUCUUAAAUCCAAGGAUUACCUGGGCAAGUCCCGCUUGGUUGCUCAAUCAGACCGGCGUCAGGGCGCAGAACAUAACUGGAGACCGAUUGUCAUCGACAAGACAGCAUUCGAGGACCGGGAUGGAAUGUCUUUUGCAGCCACCAAUAUGGUCCAUAAGAAUCUAAGCAGUCGCACUCGUCAACAAUCAGAACCCCCGUUGAACCGCAACGUAUUUCCACCAACGCCACCACCCGACGACCGCUCUACCAGCAAUGGAUCCUCUUCAGGAAGCAGCCACCAUCGUACUUCCUCACUUCGUAACAAUGCGCGACCCUCGCUACGGCUAGAUCUAGAACGCACAGGCGCUGGCUUGGACCGUCGGCCCAGUGUACCAGAAGGUGCAGCACCACUCGCACCGCCACCACUUUCUCAAGCAUCUACAGAAAAACCACGAAUUGGAACAACCCGAACAGCAUCGGAACCUCGUGGUCUGACAUCUCGGCAACAAAACAUCCGCGGGUAUUCACAAGAUCCAAGCCGUUCUCGCCAACAAGAAGGACACCGAAGGAAUCACAGUGAUAACGACUAUUCGCCUCAAGAAUACGCACAGAUGGACCCGCACGACCCAUUUCCAGGAUCCAGGCCCCAUCAUAACUCAGGCUACGGCCGAGGAAGUCGACACCAACCCCCACAAUACAUCAACGAAGAGGAUGAAUAUGUCGAUGAAGUAUGUGCGGGCGAACCACUAAAAGAUGGAAGCUUUGAGCUAGUAGGUGCAGCACCUGAAGGUGGUUCACCUACUUCGCAGCGGCGCACUAGAUCCCCAGCACGGUUCUCAAGACGUGCAAACUCCAAAAGACCGGAAGUACGAAAAUUCCGCACAAAGGUACACGCGCCAGACGACAUCAGAUACAUCAUAAUCGGGCCUACGAUCGAAUAUGCGGAUUUUGAGACCCGUAUUCGUGAGAAAUUCGGCUUCAAACAUUCCCUGAAAAUCAAGGUCCAAGAUGAUGGUGAUAUGAUUACUAUGGUAGACCAGGAGGAUCUGGACCUACUCCUAGGCUCAGCUCGAGAGAUUGCUCGACGGGAAGGGAGCGAAAUGGGGAAAAUGGAGAUAUGGGUCGAGGAGCGAAUUAUCUGA